UUCAUUGACAUGGUAUAGAGUUAUCACAUACAACAUUAUAUGAAGAGCGCUUGUAUAUUAGUUCAAAAUGGCUGAUCUCUAUGGAAUUUCAUAUUACGUUUUAAUUCUUUUCGGAAUCUUCUUAGCACUUUAUCUUUAUUUAACACGAUAUUUUGGAUAUUGGAGUAAACUCGGAGUACCUGAAGUGCCUCCAAUGAUUUUCACGGGAUCAAUGCGUUUAGAUUUUAGCACUCCUCAUGGUGUACGUGAGCAGAAAUGGUACAAGAAAUACGGAAAAAUUUUUGGAAUUUACGAGGGAUCAAAUCCAGUUCUUAUGAUAGCUGAUCCAAAUUUAAUGAAAGAUAUUUUAGUAAAAGAUUUUCAAUCUUUUAUGGAUUUAAGAAAUCUUAAAUUUGGAGAUCCAAUUAUUGACAGGAUGCUCUUUGUACAAACCGGUAAAAAAUGGAAAGACAUGAGAAGUAUUAUGACUCCCGCUUUCACUAUUAGUAAAAUGAAGAUGAUGACAAAGUUAAUUAAUGAAUGUGCCCAAAUAUUAAUCGAUAAUUUCUUAGAAGCAGCUGGAAAUAAAAUAGAAGUUGAUAUUGAUGAGUAUUUUGGUGCGUAUAUUACAGAUGUUACUGCUAAAUGCGCUUUUGGUAUUACAUUAGAUUCGCGAAAGGAUCCAAGUAAUCCUUUUGUAAAGGCUGUCAGAAAAACUAUGAGUCCUGUUCCAUGGAGAGUUUAUUUAUCAAUUUUAUUCCCUGGUUUGGCUAAAUCCCUUCGUUUAUCAUUCUUUGAUCCUACCGCAUCCCAAUUUUUUAAGCAAGUCAUAAUGGAAGUGAUCGAGCAAAGGAAGAAAAUGAAAGAUGAAGAUAAACCAAACGACUUUCUACAGUCUCUUUUAAAUCUAGAGAGAGACGUUAAUAAUGCCGAAAAGAAAAGUUUAGAAUUGGAGGAUAUAGUAGCCCAAUGCAUCAUGUUCUUCAUCGCAGGCUACAUUACAACAAAUGCUACAUUUUUAUUUGCUGUGUAUGAACUUGCUGUACAUCUAAACAUCCAAGAAAAACUUAUAAAAGAAAUUGAUGAAACGUUUAAGGAUAAAGAAGACGUGGAUUAUGAAUCAGUUAUUGAGAUGAAAUAUUUAGACGCGUUUCUUCAAGAGAUACUCAGAUUAUAUACGCCAUCACCGAGAAGUGAGAUCAAACUUAAAAGAUCCUGUAAUAGGAAUAGGAGGUACUUCAGGAAUUCCUAA